CGUGUUCCGAUGCGUGUAGAAUGCUGUAGGUACACACAUCUAGUACAAGGAACUCGCGGUCUGUGUCAGAAACGCCCAAGCAAGCUGUUGAAAAUGACCCAAGUCUGAACAGUCUAGAUCUCUACAGAACAACAAAGCAAGCAGUCCGUUCUUGUUUUCUCUGACUAACACAUUGAAUCAAUCUGCAAGGAGAGGUGUCAUCUCAGGAGACGUUUUGGCCUGAAGGCCAGCCCAGUCCAGUCCAAAUCAAUGCUCAGUCAAAAGACCUCCACAUACACCACUUCCAGCAAGUUAGAGACUUGUUAUAACACUUAAAGACUCCAAUUCAUCCUUUCACUAUUAUGAGUAAUGCCAAUUCUGAGGCCACUGUCAGUAGCAAUGCCAGCAGUGCGGUGGCCAGGGCAGAAGAGGACGAUGAUGCCAGUCAUGAGGCCAGCUCCCCGGGGCUGACUGGCAGCUCGCUGUCCAGUGGGAAGAAAAAGACAUCCAAUGGGAAAAGGGACACCAGGGCUCCUCGACGAGCCAACCUUGAUGACACGGACGGCCUGUCCAGCGGGAAUGACUCGGCAGAGAGGGAAAGCGAGAGCCACGGUGGCCGAGAGGCCUCCACAUGCAGCUCGCACAACGGGAAAGACUCGGCCAUGGAGACUACAGAAAGCAAGAGCUCAAACUCCCAGAGCCCGUCUCCCCCCAGCAGCUCGCUGGCCUACAGCCUGCUGAGCGGCGGCAGCUCGGAGCAGGAUCCCCCCAGCACCAGCGGCUGCAGCAGCGACCACCCGGCGCGGCUGCAGACCCAGCGCGAGCUGCUUAAGGCCCUGCGUGAGCUCAAGAUCCGCAUGCCCGCUGACCACAGGGGCAAGGGCCGAUCCAGCACGCUGGCCUCUCUCCAGUACGCCCUCAACUGCGUCAAGCAAGUCCGCGCAAACCAAGAGUACUACCACCAGUGGAAUGUUGAGGAGACCCACGGAUGCUGUUUGGAUCUCUCCACUUUCACUGUUGAGGAACUGGACAACAUCACCUCUGAGUACACACUCCAAAACACGGACACAUUCUCAGUGGCAGUGUCCUUCCUGUCGGGCAAGGUGGUGUACAUCUCUCCCCAUGCCUCAUCCCGGCUGUGCUGUAAGCCUGAGCACCUGCAGGGGGCGCUCUUCUCAGAGCUACUGGCGCCACAGGACGUCAGCACCUUCUACAGCAGCACCUCACCCUGCAAGCUGCCUGCCUGGCCCUCCUGCAACAGCUCAGACUCCCCAGGAGACUGUGCACAGGAGAAGUCCAUGUUCUGCCGGAUCAGCGGUGUGAAGGGGACCGAGGCUGAGGUGCGCUACCACCCCUUCCGCCUGACGCCGUACCAGCUGACCCUGAGGGACUCGGACAUCUCCCAGCCCCAGCCCUGCUGCCUCCUCAUCGCAGAGAGAGUGCACUCUGGAUACGAAGCUCCUCGUAUCCCUGAUGAUAAAAGAAUCUUUACUACGAGCCACAGCCCAAGCUGUCUCUUCCAAGAGGUCGAUGAAAGGGCUGUACCGUUGCUAGGCUACCUGCCACAGGACUUGGUGGGGAAUCCCAUGUUGUACUACCUUCAUCCUGAGGAUAGGCCCCUGAUGGUGGCCAUUCAUAAGAAGAUUCUUCAGUUUGCCGGCCAGCCGUUUGAUCACUCCUCCUUGCGCAUGUGUGCGCGGAGUGGGGAGUAUCUCUACAUCGACACCAGCUGGUCCUCUUUCAUCAACCCCUGGAGCCGCAAAGUGGCCUUCAUCGUGGGACGGCACAAAGUCAGAACGAGUCCACUGAACGAGGAUGUGUUCACGCCCCCUGCUGGCAGUGAGGUGCGCAGCGUGUCCCCCGAUGUGGCUCAGCUGAGUGGGCAGAUCCACCGCGUGCUGGUGCAGCCUGUCCACUCUGGCAGCUCGCAGGGCUACGGCAGCCUGGGCAGCGGCACCGAGCACCACGCCAGCACCGGCUCCUCCAGCGAGAGCACCGGGCCCGUCAAGGAGCUCCGCAACCAGCCGCUCAGUCCCAUGAUGACCUUCCAACAGAUGUGUAAAGACAUACACAUGGUAAAAAGAAAUGGUCAGGAUGUCUUUAUGGAGUCACGAAACAGACCUCAACCUUGUAGACAUUCUAACACAGUGGCUCGAGUGACUCAGAAAUCUGCAGAAAUUCUCAAAGAGGGACCCCAGCUGGCUCCACCUGCUCUGAAAGCCCCCCAGAUACCAACCUCCCCUCCCAGGAAGGAACAGGUUGCGAGCUACUCGUACCAGCAGCUCAACUGCCUGGACAGUAUCAUACGGUACCUGGACAGCUGUAACGUGCCCAACACGGUGAAGAGGAAGUGUGGCUCAUCCUCCUGCACCACCUCCUCCACCUCUGAUGACGACAAGCAAGACGCUGCCGGUGGAGUUAAAGGCAUAGCCAAGACGCUGGUGGCAGCUGAUGGGUCUAAGCCCCCGGGUCCUACUCAUGCUCUGACCCCGCUGGCUCUGCACUGUAAGGCUGAGAGCGUGAUUUCCAUCACCUCUCUGUGCAGCUUCAGCAGCACCAUUGUCCAUGUCGGAGACAAGAAACCUCCGGAGUCAGAUAUUGUCAUGAUGGAGGAGGCUCCCACCACCCCCACCUUCACGCCAACCCCAACCCCCUCCACACCGACCCCGGCCGCCAGCAGCACGCUCCAGCCACCUCCCCAGGCCUGCACCUCCACGCUCCCAGACAAAGACAACCGCAGGACUGGAUCGGCAUCCACACCGGGCGGAGGAGCAGGAACAGGAGCAGGUGUGGUUCCAGUGGGCCUGACCAAGGAGGUGCUGUCCACUCACACGCAGCAAGAGGAGCGGGCCUUCCUCAACCGCUUCAAGGACCUGAGCGAACUGCUUGUGCCUCAGCCCAUUCCCAGCCCUCCACGCCGGCAAGCCACAACGCCUGCAGCCAAAGGUACAGGUGUCCGUAGCUCUCAAGAUUACCCAGCGGGAGGGACCGGCGGGCGAAAGCGAGGCCGAGGGGGCAAGAGGCGGAAGCACCACCCCGAGGGCUCCCAGCUGGGCAGUUACCCCCCACCCUUCACCAUGCCUCCCCGAGCCCCCACGGCCCUGCCCAAGAUGGCCAAUCAUGGCUGCUUCCCCACCAGCCUGCACCUCCCCAUGGGCCCCCAGACCUCCUCGUCCUCCUGGCCCGCCUCUGUGGGCUCCCAGGCCAGCAUACCGCCCAGCCUCCCCCAGUUUGCCCCGGGGUGCCUGCCUUACUACCCCAUCUACCCCGGCCAGAUGCCCACCUCACAAGUCAUGCCCCCCAUGGUUCCGCCAAUGAUGGCAUUGAUUCUGCCCAACUACAUGUACCCUCAGCUCAACGCUCCCAUGCCAAACCUCGGCCAGAACAUGGGGGGCGCACCCCAGCUGCCACCCCAGAUGAACUUUCUUGCCCCCCAGUUCAACACCGCUAUUCCACAGAUGAACUCGAUGAACCCAGUUCUGAACCCAGCAGCUGUUGGCCAGCCCAAUUUAAUGCCGUCGAUGAUGCCGUUCAACCCUGCCAUGCCCGCUGUCCCGCAGCCCUUCUACAACCCCAACGUUAUGUACCCCCCGUUCCCAAACGCAACUCCCGCGGUCCCCACCCCUGGCGUCCCGUUCGCCCACGGCCCUUCGCGCUCCUGCACGCCCCAGUCCGGCGGGCUAGCCAAUGGAGAGCGAGACGAGACGGACUCGCCCCUCUUCCACUCGCGCUGCUCCUCGCCCCUCAACCUGGUGCAGCUGGAGGAGCUGGCCGUCACCAGAGCCGAGAGCUCAGCGGCUGGACUGCGGCAGACGCCGCCCCCUUGCGGAGUGGCUUCCCAGGGGAAGCCGGGAGUCCCGACCUCCGUCAGCCGCAGCGACUCCGAAGACCCCAAAGGAGACGAUAACGUGGAAACAAAUGACUCCAACCAUGAUGCCAUGUCCACCUCCAGUGACCUUCUGGACCUACUGCUGCAGGAGGAUGCACGUUCAGGAACCGGGUCUGCCGCCUCUGGGUCAGGAUCUUCUGGCUCCGGUUCUGGAUCCUCAGGCUCUGGUUCCAAUGGUUGCAGCACUACAGGGAGCGGCACAACAACUGGCAGCAGUAACACUAGCAAAUACUUUGGCAGCGUGGACUCCUCUGAGAAUUCCCAUUCCCACAAGCAGCCAACAGGGGGCGCUGCAGAUGACCAGUUCAUCAAGUACGUCCUGCAGGACCCCAUCUGGCUCUUGAUGGCCAAUACCGACGACAAGGUCAUGAUGACCUACCAGCUGCCCAGCAGAGACAGGGAGACGGUUCUGCAGCAGGACCUGGCGAUUCUGAAGUCGUUGCAGAAGCAGCAGCCGCGCUUCACCGAGCAGCAAAGGAAGGAGCUGGGUCAGGAGCACCCGUGGAUCCUCACCGGAGGCCUGCCCGACGCCAUCAACAUCACGUCCUGCAUUGACUGCAGUGGCACGGCAGUUGAACCUGCGUCAUCGCCCGUCCACAAGGAUGAGCCCCACAGCGACCUCCGGCUGCCCGAGGAGGUCGACAACAGCGGCGCCCAAACGGCUUCAGACACCACAGCGGAGGGGGCAGAGCGGAGGGCCGCUAGGCCCAGUCUGGGGCCUCCAAGUGACGAGGAGCUGGAGGUGACGUCGUCCGUGGAGGUGUGCGCGGAGGAGUGACGGGCACGCGGCACUGGCGUGAGCGCCGUUUCCAGAGUCCCCAAGAACCUAGAGUGACCCGACGCGAUGGACCUACCGCCAGGCCUCCUAGAGCCAAGGUCCAGGCCCAGCUCCACCCACAUUGCAAACGGACUGGUAAUAUUACAUCUGUGGGCUGUUCCACCUGGACUAGUUAGAUACUGACCCCUGCAGUGAAUGCACUGGUUAGUUACAGUUUGUAAAUCUAUAGAUCCAAAGUCCUGGGAAGGAUUGGUUCUUUUUGAGUCAAAGUAGCCCAAGUUUAAAGGUGCUGGGUUUACGUGGACCAAGUCAAUUGUCAGCUUGACAAAAGUCUGCAAAAAAGUGUAAAAAUAUAUGUGAAAAAGCACAUGUCAAGUGUAAAGGUUUAAGGAUGUGCCCUUAAAAAACAAUAUAAAAGAAUCUGUGUGCUCAUUAGUAAAAGACUAAAUGUUGCUAUGGAUUUUAAAUGUCAAAGUUUAAUCUCUUUGCACAGAGGCCAAAAUAAUACGGUCUUCAGUAACUAUUACUAUGGUUCCUAUGUGUACUGAACAUAUUGAAUUAAAGACAUAGAAGAUGGAGACAAAGAAGACACAAAAUGUUUUAACUUGCUUGAAAGUUUUUGAGGGUGCCUGAAUUUCCUGUUGAAGUUUACUUUGUCGCAGUAAAUUGCAUUGGGGAGCUGGUCUCCAACCAGUCACAUGGCCCCUUCAAACUGCCAAUGCUGCACCGGCACUGGGUUAAGAUUUUGUUUCCAUAUUCCGUUAAACACUCGAACAAAAAAUGAACCUGCCAUGUUUACCAUGUUUUCGGAAAGGGGGUGGGGGUGCUUGCUUGAAAUUUUAUUUAGAUGUUCCUUUAAAACAACUUGAUCAUAAAUCUUAAAUAUGUGUUUGUUAUAUAAUCUAUUGUAAUUUACAUUUGUAAAGGUUGUAAUAUUGUGCUAUCUGUGUGUAUAUAUGUGUACGAUGCCCAGUUGGUGGGCCUGAGGGUGGAUUGGUCCAUCUCUUAGACUAUGUUCAUCUGAGUUUUUUUUAUUUUAUUUUUAUUUUAUUUAUUUCAGGACCAUAUCUCAUACUGAAAGUCCUAUCCCCAGAAAAGUAUGAUGCGGGAUAAUAUGGGCAAUUUAAUGAUUCUGUACAGAUUUUUCCAUUUUUUUUUUUCCAUUUUUUUUCCUUUUGAAGCUCUCAAAUGAUAUUUUUGUACUUUUCAUCACAGAGGAUGGGCCUUUGUGCAUGCAUGUCUUGUGUUUUCAUUUUUGGACAAAGGGACAAGACUACAGAAAUAGACAGAGCCUCCGAUUUCUCAGGAGCUUAGAUAAGCGUUCCCAUGGUAACGCCAUUGUGUUGCUGAGUAGACAGCGGUGCUUGAGGAAGGAAAAAAAAAUCUAAAUGGAAGAAAGAAUCUCUCUUUUCUCAAGGUGACGUACUUCGUUUGCGUGUGUGUGUGUGUGUGUCUGUGUGUGUGUGUGUGUGUGAAAGAGAAAAGCCGCUUGAGAUGUCAAGGCCACGUGCUGGGGUUGAGAUAAACCAACACGCGUCUGCUUUUUAUUCGUGACGCAAACAGUAGCUGCUGUGUCCCACAAUUCAGACACCUGCUGUGGCGCAGCACGCUGAGAGUCGUGUCCGUGGCCCGGGGUCUGUAGAUAAACAACACAGGACAGUCAUAGUGAUUUUCUCUCACGCCCAGUGCUAUAUAUGUAUAUUUAACUGGGUAAAACUUCUCCGUGACUAAUUUAGCGUGUAACACCCACCUGGACAAGUUAUUGCUGAUGGUAUCUUUAGAGACCAUUCUGUACAUGUAGUGUGUGAUGAUCACUGGAGAUGAUGUCUGUGUUGUUUUACGUGCUCCUCUCAUACCGUGUCUGCAUGAGGCCUAGGAUAACUGCCCCAGUGUACAUGAGGCCUAGGAUAACUGCCCCAGUGUGUCCAAUACCAGGGCCGCAUCUCGAAAGGUUUACUGUACUGUGUUGUUGUUUUUUGUAUGUGUGGGGCGUCAAUUGUGUGUAGCACUUUGCUACACAGCCCCUGAGAGAAACUGAGAUUUGUUUUUCUUUUUUUUCCUGCCUGACUUCCAUUUUGAAAUAAAGUUUUUUUGAUUCUAUA